CCCAGCUGCGGUGCCAAAUCGCAGAAAAAGCUCGUCAUCGCUACAACAUCAGACAUGGAUAACUGUCGUAAUCGCCACAUCCCCGAUACAAAGGUUUUUCUUUUCACGAGGUUUUCAGACAUAGGUGUGAAGUUUGCUGUGACAUACCGGACAAGACAUAGCACAGAUUUUCAUACACCGAAUCAGACCACUAACAACGACCUGGAGUGUGAAACCAGUCACCAUUUGUCAAGUAGGCAGAUUGGUUGUAAUACACGGGAUACCUCAUCGGAAUGCUUUUCUCUUCAAAAUGUUCGUUUCCGCGCAAUUCUAUCACAUACAACAAUAUGGCAAAAUUCUGUAACAUUUUGUAAAUAAUAUUUCUGCCCACCCGA